GUGCGGGACGUGCGCAUCAUCUCGGACCGCAACUCGCGGCGCUCGAAGGGCAUCGCGUACGUGGAGUUCUGCGACAUCCAGUCGGUGCCGCUGGCCAUCGGGCUGACCGGGCAGCGCCUGCUGGGCGUCCCCAUCAUCGUCCAGGCCUCCCAGGCCGAGAAGAACCGCCUGGCGGCCAUGGCCAACAACCUGCAGAAGGGCAGCGCGGGGCCCAUGCGCCUCUACGUGGGCUCCCUGCACUGCAACAUCACCAAGGAGAUGCUCAGGGGCAUCUUCGAGCCCUUCGGGAAG